GCGCGUUGCGCACAUGCACGGAGGAGGUGGAACAGUAACACACUAUACUCGGAUGCUUUCUGUGGACUCCAUGAUAACUCCAUUGAGGCGCUCUCAAGUCCUCGUUAUCUGCGCCGGUCCAGAAAAGUCUCCCUAAUUCUUUUUCGCUCCUUUGUUCUCGAUAUCAAAACACAUCAAGUCGAUGAUUUCUGCUGCGUUCAAGUACUCGUUCUUUUCUGGGGUGAUGUUAUGAUUAGAUUUUUUUUUGAUUGUCGAUCGUCUUCGCCGCCACCCUGAAGUUCAUCGUGAUCAUUUUGGCCGCCGGCAUGGUGGCCUUCAUCGGCGCCGUUAUCUGCAUCAUCGCGGCCGUCCACACCGGAACCACCAAGGCGGCUCGACGGCAGCCGGCAGCCGACAACCGCUCGCUGUACGCGACUGGCGCGACGCAGCCCCCAGCUACCAGAGGCUCGGCGGCCAGGGCUGGAACCUUGGGUGCUCUCCACGGUUCUGAAGUGCCCGGAUCCGAGGCACCGACCUUUCACAUCGGGCUCGACGGUCCGGACGGGGUCACUGGACUGACCGGACACGACCCAGCCGUCAGUCGCCUCAUAUGCACGCCGAUCCCCGCCGGGGAGUGCAACCCGAAAAACUUUCAGCAACAAGCGGACGACCCGUCGCUAUACGCGGGAGAAGACUGGGGCUACCUCCGCACCACCGCGGACGAGCUCCGGCAGACCGUCUUGCAGCAAAAGGAGCAAAUACAAACGGACCAGCGGACCAUUAGGGAGCUGACAAGCAAACUAUCCGAGUGCGAGAAGGGGCUCAAGGGUCGGGGUGGCGUCCCCGACAGACGGGGAGGUGCUGUGGGUAUAUGGGGAGGCAAAAGCCCGGCAGAGGGGGCGCAAGCCGAGCGGGUCAUGGUGCGGGACAGCCCCGCGUCUGCGCAUGACCACGUGCUCACGCUACGGGCAGUGGAUGAGCUGGAGCAGGCCAUCAGUCAGCUCAAAGACCGCAUAGAGAGACUGGAGGCCGACAUCAAUCUGUUUCCUCACACCCAGACGGACAUCAACACCUCUGCAGUCGUGCAGGACGGCGGGAAAUCCUUUGGCCCAGAAAGUUGGGUUGGGCACAAAGCGGGUGCGGAAAGGCCCUGGAAAAUGGAGGACUUGGAAGGGGAGCUUGAAAGGAAGGUGGAGCUGUUGGAGAAAGAGAGAAAAGCCUUGAGGCUGGAAACCGAAAGAAACCGACAGGAAAUGGACCAGGGAAUCAACAAGCUACAUGACCGACUCUCAGGACUGGAGGAAGGUAAAUAUGAACAGAGAGCGAAUUACUUUCCGGAGGGCUACAGACUGUCUUUUCCAUCCCGUACUAAUUACAUGUACGCGGUGGUGAAACACUCCAUCCCAAAGUUAUGGGCCUUCACCUUUUGCCUUUGGCUUCGGCCCACAGAAGGAGGCAUCGGAACACCCGUCUCCUACGCCGUUUCCGAGCAACCCAAUGAACUGGUGCUGCUCCAAGGCCUGCACACGCCCACUGAGCUGCUCAUCAAUGACAAGGUGGCCCGGCUACCUCUGAACCUUUCUCGAGGCAACUGGCAACACAUAUGUGUGAGCUGGAACCAGAAAGGAGGCGACUGGCAGGCCUACCAGGGCGGGAAAUUGAGGGGAGAAGGCCACGGCCUGGCAGCUGGUCAUGAAAUUAGACCUGGAGGAGUGCUAGUCCUUGGUCAAGAGCAGGAUUCCCUGGGUGGAGGCUUUGAUUCAACUCAAGCUUUAGUUGGAGAGUUGUCCCAGAUGGGUCUUUGGGACCGAGUCCUGUCCGCCGACCAGGUGGCCAGUUUGGCUCGGUGUGGAACGGUGACCCAGGGCGGCGUGGCUCCUUGGACUGAACGUGCAGUGGAGGUUUAUGGUGGAGCCACCAAGUACCCUGGGGAGCCUUGUAGUAAACAUAGCCGGAGCUCCAAGUGACAGAUGGAGCGUUUGAGGAAUAGGAGGGCGGAAAGGGGGGGGCGGAAAGUUUCAGCCUUUUGAAAAACAAAAAGUUAGUAUUCCAUCUGCGCUCGUUACCAUUGGUACUAAAAAUCUUGUUGAAACAACUCUCGGUGGCAGUGAUAUUAUGAGUGUUUAGGAAAGCAAGUAUCUUUGCAGCCAUUCCGCUCACAGGAAGUGAAAAUGAAAGAGCCUGCAAAGUUGAUCUCCACUUUCAACAAUACUUGUUGUAGUCUGGGGGAUUUGGAAGGUUUUGGAAUGUCUCUUUAAGGAUGUAAUUAUAACCCUAUUAGCAUAAUUCAGCCUUAAUGACCUUUCCUCAAGCUUUUCCAAGUUCCCCAAUUUGUGUCAGUAAGGGGAAAAUAAAUGGAGUAAAGUGGAUCGAAAAAGUCGACACACCCCUGUUCAAAUGACAUUUAUGAUAUCAAACAAGACAAAGAUAAAUAAUUUCAAAACUUCUUCGACCAUUAAAAGACCCAUGUAAACGCUGCUGGUUUUUUUUGUCCUUCCGAGAGGGGAAGUACAAAUAAACAACCGCAAUCAUGUUUUCCCCCAAAAAGUUGGGAAAUUUUGUGACGGUCCAAUGACAACAAAGUUGAACUUUUUAGGCAAUAAUUGUAAAAGCUAUGUUUGGCCCAAACACAACUGUGCGCAUCACCAAAAGAACACCAUGCUGACACCGAAGUGCGGUGUUGGCAGCAUUAUGGGAGGGGCCUGAUUUCUUCAGCUGGAACAGGGACGAGAUGUUUCAGAACAAUUUUGCAUUUUUUAAAGGGGCGCGUAGCCUUUUCAUAUCCACCGCAGACUAACCUCUGCUUGAUUAAGACAUUAAUUAACAGUUAGGUCCCAUGGGAGGUAUGUGAAGCACUGCUUCACAUAGCUUUCUCGAACUGUAGUCACAAGGUGUCAUCUAGUUUUUGUCCCCCCAGCUGGAAUGAGUCACAGCCCCUGAGAAGGAUAUUUUUCGCCAUGCAUUGUACUCCAGUAAUAGCUAACA